AACUAGCCGUUUCAUUUGAAUAAAUAGAGAGAUUUUGUGUAUCAGUUUGUGUGUGUUUUUUUCUUUUUAUUUCACCAGACACAACCCAUUAUUUUCUCAUAUCCCCAUCUAUAACUCUCUUCUUGUUUCUUCAUUGUUUUUUUCUCUUCAAGACUGAUCUUGGUUUUCUUUAUAUGCUCUCAGGUUUUAAUCUGGGAGUUUUUACAUUAUAGGUUUAACUGACAAAAAGGUUCUCUUCUUUUUUCUUUCUUAGAAAAAAAAGAUUCUUGAUUUUUCAUUCUUGAUUGAGUUAAGUUCUUUUAGUAAUCAAGAAAAAAGAAAUGGCCAUCACUGAUGAGAACAAACCUUCAAAUGUUCAAGUUAAAGGUAGGGCUGAAAUGGGGGGCACAAGAAAGUUUGUUGGAAUAGAAACAAGAAGCAACAGAAGGGUUUUAGGUGCUAUUAAUCAGAAUUUAGUGACUGGUCAUUCAUAUCCUUGUGUUGUUAACAAGAGAGGAUUAUCUGAUGCAAAUGGAAUCUGUGGCAAGAAUCUUCCUGUUGCUCAUAGACCCAUCACAAGGAAAUUUGCAGCACAACUUGCUAGCUCCCAGCAACAUUGCUCAGAGGAAAACAAGAAACCUAAGAUAGCAGCUGGAGAAUUCAGUGUAUGGGAGGAUAUCCCUCUCACAGAUAUGGAGGAAAAUGAGGCAUCUAAAGACCAGCCUGUCCCUAUGUCCUUGGAACAAACAGAAACAGUGUCAAAUGACAAGAAUCAAAUGGAGGUAGAAAUGGAGGAUAUCUUUGAGGAAACUAUAAUAGAUAUUGAUGGCAACGAUGCAAAGAACCCACUUGCUGUUGUUGAAUAUGUUGAUGAUUUGUUUGCCAACUACAGAAAAAUGGAGGGUUAUGGCUGUGCUUCUCCGAACUACAUGGCAGAACAGUUUGACAUCACCGAGAGAAUGAGAUCUAUCCUAAUUGACUGGCUAAUUGAGGUACAUCACAAGUUUGAGCUGAGGGAAGAGACGUUGUUCUUGACUGUUAAUUUGAUAGACAGAUUCUUGGAGAAGCAAGGUGUUGUUAGGAAGAAGCUCCAGCUUGUUGGUUUGGUUGCAAUGCUAUUAGCCUCCAAAUAUGAGGAAGUUUCCUGUCCAUUGGUGGAAGAUUUGGUGUUUAUUUCGGACAAAGCCUAUACAAAGAAGGAGGUUCUUGAAAUGGAAAGAAUGAUGCUCAACACACUGCAGUUUAAUAUGUCGGUUCCAACUGCAUAUGUUUUCAUGAGAAGAUAUCUUAAGGCUGCUCAAUGUGAUAGGAAGCUCGAGCUGCUGUCUUUCUUCUUGGUUGAGCUUUGCCUUGUGGAAUACGAAAUGCUCAAGUUUCCACCAUCCUUCAUAGCUGCUGCAGUGAUCUACACCGCUCAGACCACACUCUAUGGUGUCCAGCAGUGGAGCAAGACGUGCGAGUCGCAUACUGGUUACUCUGAAGAUCAACUUCUGGAGUGUUCGAGAUCGAUUGUUAGCUAUCACCAGAAGGCAGCAACAGGAAAACUAACAGGAGUACAUAGGAAAUACAGCACAUCCAAAUUUGGUUAUACCGCAAAGUGCGAGCCUGCCCGUUUUCUUGUGCAGACCCUACAACAAUAGAGAGGAGAGGGGCAUGUACAGUUAUUACUAACUUUAUAUGCAAUUGGGAUAUAUCGGGGUAAUGGGAAUUAUAGGAAAAACUUAGUUUAGCAACUGUGGUUGCCCCGGGGAAUUUUAUUAUUUCUUUUAUAGAGCUCAUUGUUGUUACAACAUUACUAUGUUCAACAUUUGAACAUGCCUCAAUUUCAGUUUCCUUUACAGACAGA